UCAUGUCCUCUUCUUUUGCUCCUUCAUCUUCCAAAUCUUACGACGUGGUGAUAACUCUGAGAGACACCAAUCAUCCUGUAAAAGCCUAUCUUGAAGAUGCUUUAGGAGAUGCUGGAAUCAUUCCUUUCUUUGAUGAUGCACAGAUGGAGAAUCUUUUCGGACGUAAUACUAUAAGCAUACGAGGGUGUAGAAUUGCUAUGAUUAUCUUCACAAGAACGUUCCUUGAUUCUGACAGAUGUCUGGAGAGGGUGGUGCAAAUAAUGGACUGUCAUAGAACUAUGAAAAUACAAGUGCUGCCAGUAUUCUGUGAUCUGGGUAAGCGAGAAGUACAAGAGUUCAUGUAUGCGGAUCGUUCACUAGAACGUGAUUUCGCCCUCGCUGAAGUUAUUGACUUAUCCGGCUUCACACUGUCAUCUGAGUUCAGCAUUAAUGACGAGGGGGAAAUCAACAACCUUGUGGCAAAAUUAAACCAAUACUUGCUUGGCGACCUUCCCAACCAUGCAAUGCAGUUACAGCUUCGGGUAAGAGAAGUGAUUCACCUAUCGAAGACGAAACACUUUCCAAUGAAAGGUGCAACCGUAAUCGGAAUAUGGGGAGCUAGUGGUAUUGGUAAAACUACUGUUGCUAAAGCCAUUUAUGAUAAAAUUGGUAAAGAUUUUGAAAGUAAAAUUUUCAUUGAAAGUAUCAAGGAUGUAUGGGAGAAAGAUGAUGAGCGAGUUAUUCCACAAAAACAACUUCUCUUGGCUAUUUAUAAAAUUGAACUGAGCGAGAUAAAUGACAUUGAAUUGACACUUCAACAACUGGAUCAAACACUCUGUAGAAGAACUCUAUUAGUACUUGAUGAUGUAGAUCGAGUAGAACAACUCAGAGAACUAUGUGGACAAAGAAACAAUGUUGGCAAAGGGAGUUUAAUUUUCAUCACAACAAGAAAUAGGGAUUUACUUGAUCCCUUUGUUGAUGAGUCAUAUGAAAUGAGAAGGUUGGACAAUAAUGAUUCCCUUUCGCUUUUCAGUGUGCAUGCAUUCAGGAAACUUAGUCCAACGGAUGAUUUUGAGAAUCUUUCAACAAAAGUAAUGAUUCAAUGUGAAGGGUUACCAUUGGCUCUUGAAGUUAUUGGCUCUCUUUUGCAUAACAGAGUAAAAUCGGAGUGGAAAAGAAUAUUGAAUAAAUUGAAAGCAAUUGUAGCUGGUCAAGUACAACAGAAAUUGAAGAUAAGCCUUGACUUUUUAACUGAUCUAGAGAAAGAUUUGUUCUUUAAUAUAGUUUGCUUCUAUGUGGGUCAAAGGAAAGACGAUGUCACAAAAUUGCUAAAGGGCCAAAGAUUCCCAGUAGAAAAGGUAAUGCCCUUAAUCAUUAAGCGAAGAAUUGUAAAGGUUGUGAAUGGCAAGCUUCUUGUUCAUGAUUUGCUGCAGGAGGUAGGAAGGGAAAUUAGCCCCUAUAAGCCAAUGCCCAAAUAUUUCCAUGAUGUAUUUUUAAGUUUUAGAGGUGAAGACACACGUAAAUCAUUUACUACUCAUCUUUAUAAUGCUCUAAAACAAGCAGGCAUUAAGGUCUUCAUAGAUGAUCAAGGGCUUGGAAGGGGAGAAAAUAUUUCAUCCUCACUAAUGCAAGCAAUUAAAAGUUCUAGAAUUUCAAUUGUUGUAUUCUCAAAAAAUUAUAUUGGUUCUCAUUGGUGCUUGCAAGAAUUAGAGAAAAUCAUGGAGUGUCACAAAGCAACUUUUCAAGAGGUUUUACCCAUUUUCUAUGAUGUGAGACCAUCUGAAUUUCGCAAACAACAAAAUACUUUUAGAAAAUUCCUUAUGUAUUGGAGAUCUUCAAAUGGCAAAAGUAAGAAGUUGACAACCAAUUUGCAAAGAGCCCUUACUGAAGCUGCUAACUUAUCUGGAUGGGAUAUGCAAAAUUACAGAAUUGAAUCUGAAUUGAUUGAUCAUGUUACUGAAACCAUCACAAUGAAGCUAAAUGACAACAAAAGCUUGUUCAUUGCUCACCAUCCAGUGGGGGUGAAGUCUCGUGUGCAAGAAAUUAUGCAAUUGCUAAAUGAUAAACCAAAUGAGGUUAUCAUAGUUGGGAUUUGGGGGAUGGGAGGGAUGGGCAAGACCACGAUUGCCAAAGCCAUUUAUAAUGAAAUUGGUCAAAGAUUUGAUGGAAAGAAUUUCCUUGCAAAUGUUAGAGAAGUUUGGAAGCAAGAUAAUGGUCCAGUUUAUUUGCAAGAACAGCUUCUUACAGGAAUCUUAAGAGCAAGAAGGGUAACACUACCAAGUAUAGAAAGGGGGGAAACCCUAGUUAAGGAAAUGCUUUGUAAUAAAAAGGCAUUUAUUGUACUUGAUGAUGUAAAUAAUGAAGACCAACUAAAAGCUUUAUGUGGAAGUCGUGAUUGGUUUGGUCAAGGCAGUAGAAUAAUCAUCACUACUAGAGAUGAACGUCUAUUCAAGAUACUUGGAGUGGAUAAAGUAUACACUAUGAAAGAAAUGGAUGAUGAUGAAUCUCUUGAGCUUUUUAGUUGGCAUGUUUUUAAGCAAGCAGUCCCUAAAAGAGAUUUCUUUGAACUUUCAAGAAGGAUAGUUUCAUAUUCCGGAGGGUUACCACUAGCUCUUGAAGUCCUUGGCUGUUACUUGUUUGACAGAGAAAUAAUGCUUUGGGAAAGUGUUUUAGAGAAACUAAAACAAAUUCCAAACGAUCAAAUACAUAAAAAGCUAAAAAUAAGCUAUGAUGGUUUGAGUGAUCAUACUGAGAAAGAUUUGUUCCUUGAUAUAUGUUGUUUUUUUAUUGGCAAGGAUAUAAGCUAUGCCACUCAAAUAUUAAAUGGUUGCGGACUUCAUGCAGACAUUGGAAUUAACCGUUUAAUAGAGAGAAGCCUUGUAAAAAUUGGCAACAAAAAUAAGCUUGAUAUGCAUGACUUAUUGCGUGACAUGGGAAGAGAAAUCAUACGUGAACAAUCACCAGAGGAGCUAGAGAAGCGUGCAAGAUUAUGGUUUCAUGAUGAUGUACUAGAUGUGUUGAAAAAUAGCACAGGGACAAUAGCUAUCAAGGGAUUGGCUUUAAACUUGUCAAGGAACAAUUCACUAUCAUUGAGUACCAAAGCAUUUAAGAAGAUGAAGAGACUUCGUCUGCUCCAACUUGAUCGUGUAAAACUUGAUGGAGAUUAUGGUUAUCUAUCAAAAGAAUUGAGAUGGCUUUGUUGGCAGGGAUUCCCCUUAGAAAACAUGCCAAUGAACUUAAGUCUAGAAAAGGUAGUUGCCAUAGACUUAAAGUGGAGUAAUCUCAUAAAAGUAUGGGAGAAAAGCCAGUUGUUGGAGAGGUUAAAAAUUCUGAAUUUGAGUCAUUCACAUUACUUGAUAGAAACACCUAACUUUUCAAUGUUGCCUAACCUCAAGAAGUUAAUACUCAAAGAUUGUCUGAGUUUGUCUAUGAUUCACCCCUCCCUUGGAGAUCUCAAAUAUAUUAUUUUGUUAAAUUUGAAGGACUGCAAAAGCUUAAGAGAUCUCCCAAGAAAUAUAUAUAAGUUGAGAUCUUUAAACACCCUCAAUCUUUUUGGUUGUUCAAAGAUUGAAAAGUUAGAAGAAGACAUCGAGCAAAUGGAAUCCUUGACAACUUUGAUGGCCAAUCAAACUGCUAUAACACAAGUACCCUUUUCAUUGGUGAGAAUGAAAAGCAUUAAAUAUGUGUCUCUAUGCGGCUAUGAAGGAUUAUCACGUGAUGUAUUUCCCUCUAUUGUUUUGUCUUGGGUGUCCCCAACAAAUCAUUCAAAGUCCUUGUUCCAAUCCUUUGGGAUCAUGCCAUCUUUGAUUAAGGGUCUAUCACAUCCUUCACGUGCCAAAAGUCAUGAAAUAUUAGAAGCAAUACCGAGCACGUCUCAAGCUUCAUGUAGAAAUUCUUCAACAUUAAUUGGUUUUCAAGAUCAAAUUCACAUGGAAAGGUCAGAAACUUUCAUGAGUUCCCUCACAAUUCAUGUUGGUGGGUUCAAUAAAGUUAUCGAUGCACUUUUAAAAAAUAUCUCACAGGGAUGCAGUGAAAGAGGGUUUGGUGACAGUUCUCUUCCCAAAGACAAUCAUCCUGAGUGGCUAAGUUUCAAAGGUGAAGGAUCUUCAAUAUUGUUUGAAGUGCCUCAAAUAUUUGGCAGGAGCUUGAAAGGAAUGAUUAUUUGCAUUACCUAUUUGUCUUCUCAAGACAACAUGACAUUAUAUCCUGUUGGUGUCUUGGUAUCAAAUCGUACAAAGACUACCAUUAAAUUGUACGAGAAAGAUGCAACAACUACUUCAGAGGAUGAAGAGUGGAAAAACAUUAUUUCUAAUUGGGAGCCUGGUAACAGAGUAGAGGUUAUAGUCACUUUUGCAUGUGAAUUAACAGUGAAAAAGACAGCUAUCUAUUUGGUAUAUGAUGAAGAUUUUAGCAAGAGAAUUAUGUACCACUAAACGUCUCCAAGAGCAUAAUUGUAUGAAUAAUGUUGUAUAUGCAGUCUUUGAUGUAAAAGCAAGCCAUAUUGCUGUGCAUGUUCAGACCUAAACUACAAUAGGUUUUAGUUGUCAACUAGGUUGUAUUGGCCAUGGUAUCUUUUAUGUAUA